AGACUUAGCGCUGGAGUGCUAAUGAUCAUUCCCAAUGCGAGGCUGCUGAAGGCACAGUUUUGUGAGGAUUGACAUUUCUUCAGCCGUCCAAUGAGCACAUUGUCACAAAUCUGAUGUAGACGAAACAGUGAAAGAGUUUGAUUUCUACACCUUCAGCAUCACGGCGCCAUGGAAUACCACCCUUACCUACGUGAACACAUAAACGACAAAUGCAUAUGUUGGAAACUUACACCGACAUAACGCAAUCCAACAUGGCAAAACAUGAUUGAGACUACGAUUUUCUUUAUUUAACAUUAGUGAUAGUUCGUUUUUAGAUUUUCUAAGUGAUCAAGUGGGGAACCAUGUAUUUUCCUCUGUUGUUCCUGACUGUACUCCAUAGCAUCCUCUUGGCGUGUGCCUACACUGUACGCAGCAGUCUGAAUUGGACUCCCCGAAAAACCAUCACAUAUGAAGAAAACCAUGCAGUCAUGUUUAAAGAGGAAGCUAUUUGGAAUUACUCCACAAUGCUGAUUAGGGAGGAUUUGGGCUUGCUGAUGUUGGGGGCAAGAGAGGCCAUCUAUGCCCUUGACAUAAAUGAUAUCUCGGUUGCCAAGUCUAAGGUUCUUUGGAAAGUCACAGAGGAGAAACAAAAGGAGUGUUCCUCCAAAGGAAAACAUCCUGAUAUUGAUUGUCAUAAUUACGUACGAAUGCUGCAUCAAGUGAACGACAGUGUGAUGUACGUGUGUGGAACUAACGCAUUUAGCCCCACCUGCGAUUACAUAACGUACAGUGAUGGACAGCUGAAACUGGAGGGAAAACACGAGGAUGGGAGGGGGAAAUGUCCUUUCGAUCCCUUCCAGAGAUAUUCCUCCGUCAUGGUUGAUCAAGACCUAUAUUCGGCCACAUCCUUUAACUUCCUGGGUUCUGAGCCGGUUAUACUGCGCACCUCUCCCAUUACACUGCGUACAGUGUUUAAGAGCUCUUGGCUCAAUGAGCCAAAUUUCAUCUACAUGGACGUGGUCCCAGAAAGCGAGGACAGUCCCGAAGGUGACGAUGACAAGAUCUACAUGUUCUUUAGUGAGAACGCCAUAGAGUACGACUUCUACAACAAGCUUGUGGUGUCGCGCGUUGCCAGAGUCUGCAAGGGUGACAUGGGUGGCCAAAGGACUCUCCAGAGGAAAUGGACUUCUUUCGUGAAGGCGCAUCUGGACUGCACUUUCUUUGAGCCUAGCCUGCCAUACAUCAUACAGGACGUCUUCCAUGUCCACCACAAGAAAUGGAGAAAAAGUGUCUUUUACGCUGUCUUCAACUCUCAGUCGAGCUCAACAGAUCAGUCAUCGACAGUAUGUGCGUAUAAUGUGACGGAUAUCAGUGAGGCAUUCUCUCGUGGCAAAUUUAAGACAGCGGUAAAUGUGGAAACAUCUGACGUGAAGUGGGUCAUGUACAACGGAGAACUUCCUGUCCCUCGACCAGGAGCUUGCAUCAAUAACGCAGCGAGGAGUUUGGGAAUAAAGCGGUCACUGGACCUCCCUGAUAAAACGCUACAGUUCAUCCGAGACCGGCCUCUUAUGGAUGACGCUGUCCGUCCAAUCACGGGCAAGCCUCUGCUGGUCAAGAGAGGACCACUUUUGACCCGACUUGUUGUCGACCACCUAACUGCUCUGGAUGGACAGCUCUAUCCUGUGAUGUUUGUCGGCACAGAAAACGGUUAUGUACAGAAAGCAGUGAACUAUGAUGGAGAAAUGCACAUCAUUGAAGAAGUAAAACUGUUUGAGAACGCUGAGCCGAUAGACGUACUCCGUCUCUACCAGAAUCAGUUGUAUGCAGGCUCUGCGUCUGGGGUUGUUCAGAUGCCCGUGAGCAACUGCAGUCGCUAUUCUUCCUGUCUGGACUGUGUGCUGGCCAGAGACCCUUACUGCACCUGGGACCUCAAGGCUCAAAAGUGUUCGCGAUUACCCAGAGAAUCUAAGGAUGCAGGAGUGGAUUUGAUACAAAGUCUGAAAGAUGGGGAUGCCACUCGGUGCCCAACAACAGCUACUCUGGAGCCAAAGAUCCUUGCCCUGGUGCUGGGAAACAACAUCAGACUGCUGUGCCGACCAGACUCUAAUCUGGCCCAGGUGAGUUGGAACUUUGCUGGAAAGCCGCUCCGCUACUCCAACAGGAAGUACACCAUCUAUAGUGAUGGCAUCCUUAUCUAUAAUGCCACAACAGCUGAUGCUGGACAAUACAUCUGUAUGUCAGUCGAAUGGGUCAAAGGAAGACAAUACACACAAACACUGGCCAUUUAUGACCUACAACAACAACAACAAAUAGUAGAUGUAACAGAUAAAAUAAAGACUACAGUGAGAAUCAAUCCUACAUCAUCAGUCUACACAACAUCAUCAGGUUUCCAUAAAUUAGAAGAGCCUCCAUCACUUCCUCAAAGUCAGACAAGUGAGAGUAACUGGAUAGUAAUGCAAGUGGCGCUGGCUAUUCUGUCAGUUAUGAUGGGAUGUCUGCUGAUAUGGAACCUGUACAUGGGUCACAUAUCUCCAUUUAUGUGCUGUGGAAGGCAACCAAUCAAAAGCCCCAGGAAUAUUCCUGAGAGGGAAUACAUGCAGACACCUGGUACAGGAUCUGAUACUUUGGACAGUAAAUAUCAAAUGGUCAGGUUGUGUCCGUCAUCAAAGAGUGAUCUAGAAGCAGCCGGCUUCCACAGGAAUACUGCCAAUGGGGAUAUGCAAAAAGACAUGCAUAUUUUUAAAUACAUUACGGAUGAGUCUGAGAUUUAAGCUCUGCAGUUUACAAAUGUUGGAUUUUAUUGCCGUUUGUAGUGGCAACAAGGAACCACCUCUUGUUUUUUUUUGUUUUUUUUGUUUUUUUGUCAAUAAUUUAGCAUAAUUUUGAUACUUAUUUAUUUUUUGUUAAUAAUAAAAACUUUAUUUC